AUGAGGAACACAGAGGAGGCAGGAACACAGAGGAGGCAGGAACACAGAGGAGGCAGGAACACAGAGGAGGCAGGAACACAGAGGAGGCAGGAACACAGAGGAGGCAGGAACACAGAGGAGGCAGGAACACAGAGGAGGCAGGAACACAGAGGAGGCAGGAACACAGAGGAGGCAGGAACACAGAGUGGCAGGAACACAGAGGAGGCAGGAACACAGAGGAGGCAGGAACACAGAGGAGGCAGGAACACAGAGUGGCAGGAACACAGAGGAGGCAGGAACACAGAGUGGCAGGAACACAGAGGAGGCAGGAACACAGAGGAGGCAGGAACACAGAGGAGGCAGGAACACAGAGGAGGCAGGAACACAGAGGAGGCAGGAACACAGAGGAGGCAGGAACACAGAGUGGCAGGAACACAGAGGAGGCAGGAACACAGAGGAGGCAGGAACACAGAGGAGGCAGGGACACAGAGGAGGCAGGAACACAGAGGAGGCAGGGACACAGAGGAGGCAGGAACACAGAGGAGGCAGGAACACAGAGGAGGCAGGAACACAGAGGAGGCAGGAACACAGAGGAGGCAGAAACACAGAGGAGGCAGGAACACAGAGUGGCAGGAACACAGAGGAGGCAGGAACACAGAGGAGGCAGGAACACAGAGGAGGCAGGGACACAGAGGAAGCAGGAACACAGAGGAGGCAGGAACACAGAGGAGGCAGGGACACAGAGGAGGCAGGAACACAGAGGAGGCAGGAACACAGAGGAGGCAGGAACACAGAGGAGGCAGGAACACAGAGUGGCAGGAACACAGAGGAGGCAGGAACACAGAGGAGGCAGGAACACAGAGGAGGCAGGGACACAGAGGAGGCAGGGACACAGAGGUGGCAGGAACACAGAGGAGGCAGGAACACAGAGGAGGCAGGAACACAGAGGAGGCAGGAACACAGAGUGGCAGGAACACAGAGUGA